ACAGACGGGCGGUGCAGUCGACAGCCGAUAGUGACCAGCGUCAGAGGGACAGCUGGGGACACCCACCUCACAGCUCCACAACAAACCUGCCCCGAGGUUUCCUGACAGGCUCACAAGUCACGAAACGGUUUCCCCUUGGACACGCGCUCACCGUUGGAGCUUAUGGCUGAGAGUGAGGAUAUCUUUCUCAGAGCUAAACAUCGGACAUUCAGCGGACUGACUGAAGAUGCAGAGCGUGAGUGGACCGGACCAUUUUACUUCAUCCAGGCUGCAGACCCCCAGCUCGGCCUGAUGAAAGCCUGGAGGAUGGGCGACUGUGACGGUGGAGGAGAUGAGUGGCAGGAAGAGGUGGAGCUUACCAAGGAGGCAGUAGAGGCCAUGAACAAACUCAUACCCAGGCCAAAGUUCAUGGUGCUGUGUGGAGACCUGGUCCAUGCCAUGCCAGACACCCCGUUCAGAGAAGGUCAGGAACGGGACCUGAAGGCGGCCUUGAAGGGGACGGAUCCUUCCAUCCCACUGGUGUUUGUCAGUGGGAACCAUGACCUAGGAAACGCCCCCACCCCCAGGACAGUGGAGCAGUACUGCAGUGCAUGGGGAGAUGAUUAUUUUAGUUUCUGGGUGGGAGGAGUCCUCUGUCUUGUUCUGAAUUCCCAGCUCUUCUACGACGCUUCAGGCUGCCCUCAGCUGAAGGAGGCCCAGGAGACGUGGCUGGAGGAGCAGCUGAGCAAAGCCUCCUCCUCAACGGAACCCAAACCCAAACACGUCCUGGUGUUCCAGCAUAUUCCUCUGUACCUGAAGAGACCAGAUGAGGAAGACGACUACUUCAACCUGCAGAGGGAAGUCAGACAAAACCUGCUGGACAGGUUCAAGAAGGCAGGGGUGAAGGCGGUCUUCUCCGGCCAUUAUCACCGAAACGCUGGAGGUUGCUACGGUGGCCUGGACAUGGUGGUGAGCUCGGCCAUUGGCUGCCAGCUGGGAGAGGACGCACAUGGAGUCAGGGUGGUGGUGGUGACCGCGGACAAAGUCAUCCAUCGAUACCACAGCCUGGAGCAGCUGAAGGAGCGAGGCAUGGACGAAGACCUCAGGAAACUCCUGCAGGCCUGAAGGCGGAACCAGGGAACAUCAGGAACACUUUGCUUUAUGUCGGUUUGUGUUUACUGCUUUGUUUUGUCAUAAAGUCUCAAUCCCCUGCUCUUAGAAGUAACAAAAUGGUUAAAGAAUUCUUGGAAACCUGUAGCAGAAGAUACAAACUUCAGAAGCAAAAGUUUACCAGCAACAGAGUCUCAUCAGUUAUUUGGAAUCUGGUUUAAUCUUCAAAAUUUCUCAUGUUUUCACAUAUAAAAAAAUCUUCUGAUAUGCAGCUUGGUUCAAAUAUGUGACUAUCUAGGUAUCACCUUACCAUCAUUGCCUUGGGUAGCCCUCUGUAUUUGAUUUGGCAAUAAUAAUGACAAUAAUCUUGGCCAACAGAACGUGCAGCUGAUGAAAAAGAAUAAUCGUGGUCCAUCACAAGUAAGCAGCACAAAACAUGGCUGAGAUGUAGCUUCCUGUAGCACUUCCGCUUCCUUAGCUGUGUUUGACAUAACAUCCAACAAUAAACAUGUCAGGUAUUGUCUUAACAGCUGCCAUGACAAGACUCAGACAAAUACAUAACAUAGGAGUAGUUAUUUUUUUAUUAGUUUAGACAUUUCUGGACAAAAUAUUCUACUGUAAUGUUCCUUUUAAGGCUCUUCUGAAGAAACAAAAUAUGCAAAAUGUAAAAAAUGUCAUCCUCAUUCUCCAUUGUUGUCUAAUCUUGUUGGUAUAUUUACAGAUCCUCUAAUCAUCCUAGCAUCCCGCUGUCACAGCUACUUGUACUAUAUUUUCUGUUGCCGCAGUCCACAGUGAUGCCUUGGUAGCCAUCCUAUGCAAACUAUUCCAUGUAUUGUAAUCGUGAUUUUGUUAUGUUGAGUGUGGUGAAUUGUUUUACUGCCCUGAAGAUGUUGAGCCGACUUAAAACACCUCACACUGCCAUGCAGGCAAAACAUGAAUGUUUAAAGGAACAGCUUAUUUUCAUUUUUUGCAGUGUUAAAAGUUUUUUGGUUUACUAUGUUGACGUGAGAGAUUGUUAAUCUUCAUGAGGUAAAACAAUGAAUUUUGUUUCUGUUGACUUUGGUAACACAGACUUACUGGCAGUUAUAUCGACAAUUUAGUAAAACCAACAGUGAUGUCAAUCAUCUAUCAGUUUCUCCUCAAGAGUUUUUGAAUGAGAAGAUAAGAAGAAAAACAAAUAGGAUUUCAAGAAGAGGGGAAAAUCAGCUUAAAAGGACACAAAUAAAACAUUCAUAUGAAUAAAAAGACAAUGUGCAAA